UGAUCGUUCAAUUCCUCUUCACCCUUAAACUUGGAGGAAAGGCGCGUAACCAGGGAUCGACGUCAGAGGGGGCAUAACUUAGGGGUGUUACCUUUUGACUUGUGUCCUUCUCUCCGAACCGAAAUUUAUUUGGUUAAAAGUCAUAGCCAGGGUUAGACGUCAGAGGGGGCGUAAGUUAGGGGCGUAACCUUUUGACUUGCACCUCUCCAUCAGAACCGAAAUAUAUUUGGUUACAUGUGUAAGCAGGGAUGGGGGAGCUUAAUUUAACAAUUUCCAAACUCGUGCCUUUUAUACCAGAGCUAUGGAGGUUCCAGGGAAGAAACUGCAAGCAGAUACAUCUGCAAAGGACACAACAUACUGCCAACCCUGUGAGCAAGAUGACGAAUUCCUGCAUGCUGAGUUCUACUGUACCGUCUGCAAGGAGUUCUUCUGCUCUAACUGCGCAAGGGUCCAUAGGAAACAGAAAAUGUCAAGAUCACAUUUACUUAUUGACAAAUCAAAUAUGCCUACGUCUACUGGUGGCCUUGAAGUUGAAUAUGAAUGCACAGUGCCUUGUGAUAACCAUCCGAAAGAGUAUAUCAAAUAUUUUUGUAGAACCCAUCAGGACCUGAUUUGUGGACACUGUUCAGUACAGAACCAUCGAUUGUGUCAUGCUGAUGUCAUAUAAGAUAUAUCCAAGGACUUCAAAGAUGACCAAGAGUAUGGGGGUGUCAUAAAAACAAUAGCCAGGUUAUUUGAAGACAUUGAUUUGUGUGCGUCUGCUGUAGAGAUAAACGUUGACGUUGUAGCAAAGUUAGGUGAAUAUGAAGUUGACAAGCUGAGAAGAUACCGAGAGGAAGUUAACAAGUAUUUUGAAGAAAGAGAACAGGCACUGUUAAAGCUAAAAGAGAAGACGAAAAACACGGAUGAAAAACUAUUAGGAUCUCUGAAACCGAAAUAUACAAACCUGAAGUCCAAGCUGGAAGAAAUAAAUGUCACACUUGAAGCACAAGGAACCAAUAUGAUACAGUUGUUCAUUGAGACGAAAAGGGCCAGGAAACUACUAGAGGGCAUGCAGAAUGAGCUUGCUGACAUUAAGAAGGAAAACGUAAUUCACCACUACGAAUUCAGAAAGGACCCAGCCACAGAGCGUCUUAUUGCAUCUGACACUGGCAUUGGGACAUUAAAAAACAUUAUGACUGAAAACACAACCACAUCAGCAGGGAACGACCAUGGCAUAAAAGGACUAACAGUUCAGGGAGGUGGCCCAAGGGAAACCAUAGCAACUGCCGAACCUACAGUGGAUAACGCCACUGAAUACUUGACUGUAUUACGGUUUACACCAGCAUCGGACAUCCCAAUGAAGUCUCCAGCUGAUAAUUGGGACUGCUACCUGUUUAGCAUGCUCCACCUUGCCGGGUCCAGACUGCUGCUAUCUGACUGGCAAAACUGCACAGUUAAGUUGGUGGACAUGCAGACCAACAACCUGGUGUCCCAGAUCAUUGUUCCAGGUAAGCCAUAGGACAUAUGUCUUCUUCCCGGGGACAGAGUUGCUGUUACUAUGGCCAGUCAGGGUAUUCAGUUCCUGGAGACUAGAGAUCAACUUGCUCUUGGUGACCGUAUCGAAGUGGAUGGUGAUUGUCGAGGUAUUGCUUACCAUGACGAUAUGUUGAUAGUGUCCUUCUACAAUGGAAAUCUAAAAGUAUUGAAUAUGAACGGGCAUGUUAUAAAACCAGAGACGGAAUGCAGUGAACAAAAACAGUUUGGACGUCCUUACUACUUAACAGUUGUAACUGAAAGUACGUCUGCUUACAUCUACGUAUCAGAUAAUCACAGGAACACCAUUACAAAGCUUGAUGUGGACCUAAAUAUCCUCAAGACCUUCCGGGAUCCUGCAUUGAAAGGAUCUGGAAGUAUCACUGUAGUCGGGAACCAGUUAUUAAUCUGUCGUUUUACAGGUAGAAGUAUUAUGAGACUGAACUUGUUUAAUGGUCAGAUUACACAAUUGAUCGGUAUAGAAAACGGGAUACGCUGUAUAUUGCAUGCUUCCUACUGUCCGCUGCAGAGCAAGCUUCUUGUAACGCAAUCUAAGAACAAUUCAGUAAAGGUGUACAAUGGAAUCAAAUAAUGCCACCAAAUGGAGUGAAAUGGUUGGAAACAUCGACUAAAUAUGCACUUAAUCUUCAACAUUCAGUGUUUGCAUUUAAAAGAGAAAGUUACGUUUAGACAAAUUAAUUGUUUUGGUGCCAUUUGUAUUGCGCACUUUCCGAGAACAAAAUUCAAUAUAUGCGUACAAUUCAAUAUGUUUGUUCAAUCACUUACAUGUAGAUUUGUUUUAACAUUAAAAUUUGUGUUAUUGUUUCGAUUUGUCUUUAGUCGCCUCUGUAGUUUCACAAAAUAUUAUAUAUCUUUACGGAUCGUCGCAUUUCUUUGAAAGGUACACGCACUCAAAACGAUUUUAUGAAUUUGCUGUAUUUGCAUUCAAAGUUUGUACAAAUUCAUAGUUUUUGAAAGGUCAUAAAAACAUAGCACAGAUAUUCUGCAAGCAAAAAGUGUUACUUUAUGCGCAAUGUACGGUUGUCUUUUAGCUGUAAGUAUAAUGAACUUCCCUGGAGUCCCAUCACUGUUGACAUCGCAGUAUUUCCUAAAUAUUGUUUACAUUGCCAGGUCAUUGACCUUCUUAUUUAGAAAACAACAGCAUCAGACUGAAUAUUGGUUA